AGACAUUUAACUUUAGCAUGAAGACCGUCCCAACCAGUGGCAUUUUACUGAUAAAACUGGGCUGUGUGAUUGGUGGAUCUAUUCUCACCAACACAGUGAGAAGAGGUUUAAAAAGUGUCCCAGCACAGCAUUCACUGCAAGCUGAAUGACAGCAAUGGCUCACCUGAAGUUCCUCCCACUCCUCCUAUGGGUUGGUUUCACGGUGUGCACAGAGGUGGAUUUGCACAAGAGAAUCUUUCACGAUCAUAGGUGUAAGGAAAAUGAUCGUCUGUAUCACGUAGAAAUAACUCAGACCGAUGGAAGCGAUUACUAUCAUCUAUGUGGCGGCUCUCUGAUCCACAGCGAGUGGGUUCUAACUGCAGCUCACUGUUGGAAAGAUGAACCUGGAUGGACUAUGUCUGCAUAUGUAGGAAUUCAUCCUGGUCCAGGAAGAAUUGCGAGAAUUAUUGAUCACAAGAUCUUUCAGGACCAAACAGGAAAACAUGACAUCAUGCUUCUGAAAAUCGACCCACCAGAGAAUAAUAUUAAGCCUGUUGUCUUACCUAAAUGUACACGUCGUAAAAAGCUGGAUGUCAUUCAGAUUGCAGGCCAUGGUGGUUAUACGGUUGAUGUAAACUACAACAAACUCCCUGGUUAUCUGCCUCAUCUCCAGUGUGCAAAAAUGCAUGUUGUUGAGUGUGAGCCUAACCUCCAUCCAUGUAAGUCAACAUUAUUAUGGCCAAACGGAAACACGAUGUGUCACAAAGAACCUCGAGUGGACACAUGUCCGGGUGAUUCUGGUGGUGGAGUGAUAGCCAAAAACAACAAGAUUCAUGGUGUGUAUGUUGGUGGUGAAAAAUGUGCCUGUACCGGACCAGCUAUUUCUCUGAAGGUCUGCUCUUACAUUGGUUGGAUAAAUCAAGUCAUUAAUGGAAUGGAAAUGGAAAAUAAUCAAAUGAAAAUAACAUCCAAAAUAAACAGUCCGCUCUGGAAGAAACUUCUUCUGUGUGAAUUGUUUCUACAUGUGUCACGUUGA